UUUCAUAGUUUUGAUGUCUUCACUAUUAUUCUACAAUGUAGAAAAUAGUACAAAUAAAGAAACACCCUGGAAUGAGUAGGUGUCUCCAAACUUUGGACUGGUACUGUACAUACAGUUGUAAUAACUUUUUAAAGGUAGAAUAUAAAGCAUUUGUAUGCUUUUCAAAAUAACUACAGUAUAUUGGACCUAACAUUUCAGCGUUUGCAUGAAGCAGUGCCAUACAAAGAUUGGAAAACCUUUCUGAUCAAGAAUCAAUUGUCGACAAGUGACUUCAACUUCAAGUAGACAGUCUGCUAAGCCAGCAGACUGUUUUUAUGUUUUUCAAGACUAAAUUAAGAAGUUAGAUUUCAACAAAAUAUACAUUUUACUAUUCCCAUAUAGUUAAUAAAACAGCCUUCAUCUCUGUAAUAAACAUGAUUGGUGUUAAGGGAAAUUAUUAUAAUACCAAUGUACCAAAAAUAUAGUAUUUAUUCUGUUUAUAGAGUUCUCAACUUGAAAAGUAUACAUUAAAAACAGGCAUCAAUUUCCUCUUGAUAAGGAGUGUUCAGUCAUAGUGCCCUCAUAUCAAUCACUAAUUAACUUGAUUAUUAUUAGCAUUUAGCAGACACUCUUAUCCAGAGCAACUUACAGGAGCAAUUAUGGUGAAGUGUCUUGUUCAAGGGCACUUCCACCUAGUCGCCUCAGGGAUUUCGAACCAGUGGUUUUUCUGUUACUAGCCCAACCGCUAGGCAACACGUUAGGCUACCUGCCACCCGGUUAUUGACAAUAGCAAAUUUCAGGAAGCUAGUUUCUGGAAUUUCAAUGGGAAAUAUAUACACAGUAUAUGAUCAUAAAUGUAAUAUAACACAAAUUUGAAUUACUUGGUUACCUGGUUAUUAAGUGUUGUUAGACUAUCCUUUUCAUACCAAAGGUACAUUUAUGCAUUCAUAACCUCUAAGGAGUGGUUAUCUGUAGCUCUGUUGGUAGAGGAUGGCACUUGCAAUGCCAGUAUAGUAGUGGGUUCGAUUCUCAGGACCACCUGUAUGUACUAAUAACUGUAAGCUAAAUGGCGAACUGUAUUAGGUAAAGGUAUAAGGAUUGUGUCUUCAUUUAGAAUCAGUCUUAUGUACUGAGUAUGAAAUUAAGGCUAGUGGUUCCUGUACAGUCUCUUAUCAUUUUUUUAAUUUUACCUUCAUUUAACUAGGCAAGUCAGUUAAGAACAAAUUCUUAUUUUCAAUGACGGCCUAGGAACAGUGGGUUAACUGCCUUGUUCAGGGGCAGAACAACAGAUUUUUACCUUGUCAGCUCGGGGAUUUGAUCUUGCAACCUUUCAGUUACUGGUCCAACACUCUAACCACUAGGCUACCUGCCGCCCCAAUCUUAAGUCUGUAUAAAGUUUACAUUUUUUAAUUCUGAGUGCAAUAAAUGCAAAGAAAAUAAACAAAUUUGCCAUUCAUUUCUGCAUAUUUGUAAAAGAUACAAAACAUGUGUAUCAAACAGUGGAGGCUGGUGGGUGGAGCUAUAGGAGGACAGGCUCAUUGUAAUGGCUGGAAUGGAAUAAAUGGAACGGUAUCAAACACAUCAAACAUAUGGAAACCACAUGUUUGACUCUGUUCCUUUUAUUCCUUUCCAGCCAAUACAAUGAGCUUGUCCUCCUAUAGCUCCUCCCACCAGCUGCCACUUGUAUCAAAGUAACUUUUUUAUUGAGACAAAUAUAUAAUUUAAUUUACAAACAUUACAUAUUUAUAAUAUCUACACUGACGUCACCUCUUAACACAUUACAAAUUUGUUUGCUUCCAUCAAAUUCAGUUUGAAGCUUAUGCACUAAGCUGGUCCCGUUGGUGACGUUUAGUGUCCAUUAGGCACUUAGUGUGUCACACCUGUGGAGAAGGGAUUAUAAUCCUAAUGACUGUUCCAUUUCUAACGACCCUUAUAAAAAGGACCCAUGAUUAUUCCCACCACACUGUAAGGAAUAGACGGAACGGAGACACUUCCAUGGAUCUUAGCAGCAAAACGGUUGUGCAGGUGGUGAUGUUGGCGUUGAUAGCUCAGGUCACUUUCUCUCAGCAUUGGUCGUAUGGGUGGCUACCUGGAGGAAAGAGAAGUGUUGGGGAGCUGGAGGCCACCAUCAGGAUGAUGGACACAGGUGGUGUAAUGGUUCUUCCUGAGGAGACAGGUGCCCAUGUCCCAGAGAGACUGAGACCAUAUGAUGUAAUGUCAAAGAAACGGAUGCCACAUAAAUAAAGAACUGUGAGACAAUUCACAAAAAGCAAGAAGACAACGAUGAUGGAGCAUUCAAGAACAGUUCUGUCCAUUUCCAACUAAGAUCACAUUUAGAUUGAUGUAAUUUACUUGAAGUAUGAAACACUAACCUCCUGUAAAAUUGUAAUAAAGAGUGAUUGAAA